CUCAGAGCUUCCCUCAGAAGCUUCUUCUCUUUCGGACUGACGGGCGAGCGGUGGCGGGGCUGAACCGGGCCGGCCUCUCGCUCCGUCCCCAUCCCCUAGGAGAGCCCAGGAGACCCCAGCCCAGUCCCUCGGACGGGUCGGCCCCGGAGCUGCCGUUGCCCCGCCGCUGGGAGAAGGCCGAGACCGGGCGACGGAAGGCUGCGGGGAAGGCCCGGGGGCGGCUGAGGGGACCUCGACUGGUGUGGACUCCCCCAGCGUCGGUUACCUGCCUCCUUUGACUCCCGGAGGCCUCCGAGGACGGAAGAAUUCGAAAAUGGACACCCCCGUCUCACACUCUUCUUACCAGUCUUCCCAAUUGGACAGAAACAUGUAUUAUAUCUUGACUGAAAACUUCCAUUAUGGCAGCAAGCUUUUCCAUGCAGGGAGUAUGUGUUAUCUGAAAGAACAGAUAUACCUGCAGCAUAUUAGCAGAACGUCUACUCGCAUGUGGCGGUUUAUCAUGGAACAGGAUGGUUCCGUGGCUACUGUGGACGUGGAAAGCCUGCAGCCGGUGAAUGAGAAGAUGGCCGACUUCCUUCUGGCCAUUGGCAACGCUCAGGAACGCUUGAACUGUUUUCUAGACAGGCAGGUUCUAGAUGCUGCCAUGAUGGCUGAACUAGGUCAGCAGGUCUUGGUCGAUCUGGAUGAUCAAUUUUUCCCCGCUACCAUCCGCUAUAUUGGGAAACUUCACAAGAGCCCUUUACCAUCAGGGGUCUAUCCAAUUUAUUUUGGAGUGGAAUUGCAGGGUGAUGGUGAAGGCAGAGGCCGCUGUGCUGGCAGCGACCAUGGGGCAGAAUACUUCAAGUGUAAACCCAAGUGCGGCCUUUUCCUGCCAUUCAACAAGCUGCAGUUUCUGCCAGCGUCAGAGACCAACCAGAUGGAGGAGAAAAGGCAGAACGCUGAUGGGAUCGUGCCGGUGAAAAUGGGUGACCCCGUCGGUUUUUAUUUAGAUGAUGCCUUCACACGAGGGAUAGUCCUGGAAGUGUAUCAGAAGGGAAAUAAGUGGAUGGUGAAAGUAUGUCCGGAGGAAGAGGGCUCAGCAGACGUUUUCCGAGACAUCCCUCUGGAUUCAGUGGUGAAGGAGGAGCUGCUCUCCUUAGACCAGGAUUCUGGGCUCCAGGAAUAUUUCAAGCGUAAGAGAAGCGAAAGUGCAGAGAAUUUGGAAGACAAGACGGGCUCUCUGGAUGUCAACUCUGUGGUCCAGAUCAACUUAGACAAGGGGCAGGCUGUAACAGGGACUAUCCGUUGGAUUGGCUGCCUGCCUAACACCCAGCAAAGAGUGGCUGGAAUUGAGCUGGAUGAAGAGAACAACGGUCUUUCCGACGGAGAGUGGCAUGGUGUGCGCUACUUUACCUGUCCUCCCCAUCGGGCCCUUUUUGUGCGGCUGGAGUCGUGCCAACCAGAUUCGCGUUUCCAGGGAAACAAGUGCCUGUUUCAGGAGCCCUCUGAAUUCAGUGAGGCGGACAGCCUGUCUGUUCUGAGCAACUCCCCACCCCUGAGAGACCAGGUGGCUGUGAAUGUCCUCCGAGGGCGGAUGAGAGGGAUCCAAGGCCACUGUAACUCCUGCUACAUGGACGCUGCCCUAUUCAGUCUCUUCUCCUGCACCUCGGUGUUGGAUUCCAUGCUGUAUAAGCCCCCUCUCCCUGCUGAUGGGCGCAUUCAAGAGAUCCUCCGGGACAAGAUCGUCAACCCUCUGAGGCAGACCGGCUUUGUCGCUGCCAAAAAUGUGAUGGAUCUUCGGUAUCAGCUGACAGAAAAGGGACAGUCUUCCAGUUUUGCUACUUCGGAAAAAGACCCCGAAGAGUUUUUGAAUCUGAUCAUGCAUCGCAUUCUUGGACUGGAGCCACUCUUGAAACUGCAGUCCGGAAGGUUGAAAGAACAGGAAUGUUACUGUUACCAGAUAUUCAUGGACAAGCAGGAGAAUUUGGUGGUACCCAACGUUCAGCAGCUGCUAGAGCAUUCCUUCCUCACCUCGGACCUCAAGCUAGUGGAGAUCCCGUCCUGCUUUAUUCUCCAAAUGCCUCGUUUUGGGAAGGAGUACAAAAUGUUCAGCAAAAUCAUCCCUUCCUUGGAGCUGGAUAUCACUGAUCUGCUGCUGGACAGUCCCCGGGAGUGUUUUGUCUGCGGAGAUAUCGCCACUCUGGAGUGCUCGGCGUGCUUCAGAGACAAGAUGUUCGCUGGCACGGGGCUGAAGCAGUUUUGUGACUCGUGUUGCAGUCAGGCUCACUCCCAUUAUCAGCGAAGAGGCCAUCAGAUGACCAAACUGCGCGUCCCCAAGGAAUUCGCUCGGGACAGGGCGCGGGUGCCCCGGGAGAAACUGGAGCUCUUUGCCGUUCUCUGCAUUGAGACCAGCCAUUACGUUUCCUUCGUGAAAUACGGGCCGGAGGAAGAGAACUGGAUGUUCUUUGACAGCAUGGCAGACCGACACGGUGACGAGAACGGCUACAACAUCCCCACGGUGACUCUGUGCCCGGAGGUUGCCAAAUACCUGGAGAUGCCCGUGUCCUCCUUGGCCAUGGAGCAGCCCCGGGACAUGGAAGGAGUCGCCAAGCGCCUCUUUUGCGACGCCUACAUGUACAUGUACCAGAGCAAGAAGAUGGCCCUUUACAAAUGACGCCCACGCCGGAGGCCCCCGGCUUCGUGUCCCCAGAAGAACGAACCUCCAGGCCUUUCCUGCAGCUCUUCUCUCCUGCUCUGCUGCUCACAGUGCUCCUUCUCAGGGACUAGAAGGCAGUCCUGCCAGCCAGAAGCCCCUGCGGUCGAGACUCCCCCAACCCCGCAUCGAUCCGCAGGGUAGGAACAUGGUUGGUAGAAGAGUGUGAUCGACAUACCUCACUUCUCACUCCACUGAGCUGUGGCUUGUAAACUUCGGACUGAUGUGCCCUGCCCCUUCCAUGGACCACAGCUAGCAACACAGAAGCUGAAGGUCAGAUUGGGGGUGGGGGGGGAGGAAGACUGCGUGGGCUGUAAUCCUGGAAGCAGGAAACUCCCAGCCCCAUUUCCGGCCUGAUCCGAUUCCACAGAAUCCGGUGAGAAUUCCUCUUCCUGAACCGACUAAUGGGCAUUUGUGGACAAGGAAUGCUCACAAACUCUGCCCUGACUUUGUCUAGGAAUGCUAAGUGACCAAAAUGUCUGUGACUCUUUGCACAUGGCCAUUUUUAAUGGUCCCAGGGCACCCAUUAUGGCGCCCACCCUUUAAAAAAUGACAUUUUUAAAGAUUAGGGGCUCCAGGCUGAAGUUCCAUGAUGGCGCCUCAGGUUGCACCUUCAGCGGUCCGAGGGAUAUGGGAGAUGGGAUAUGGUUGAUUGGGAUAUUACCCCAAUCAACCUCCCGUUUAUUGUUUUAGUUUUUCCAUUUUUGAUGCGGCCGUACUGUGUACAAUCAGCUCCCAUCCAAAGAAAAGAGGGCAGCAACUUUGAGGUUCAGCUUAAAUUGGGCCUCAGGUUUAAUUAAUUUAAAUGAAUUAUUAUUUUAAUAAUUUAAAUCUCACAAAGUGCCCCAGCAGCACAUUCAGAAAAAUAUCUAGUGAGCCUUGGGCUCCUUAGCUAAUUUCUAUUUUCUGAUGCAAACAAAUACAUCCCUGGAUUUGCCUAUGAAAAUUCCAAGAUAUAUAAAUGACUUUUCCUACCGUUAAGUCCUAUAUAUUUUUUCCUGUAAGCUGUUCUCUUUUAUCAGCUCAUCUAAUUCUAAUUUCCAUCUCUAAGUGCCAAGGUUAUGAAAAGUUCUUCUUGAAGCAUCAGCUACGAAAAUCCUUCAACUGAACACUUGUAAGGCUGUCUUGCUCAGUUAUGUGUGAUUUGCACACUCAUUCCCCUGACUGAUCCUCAUUUCCCAUCCACCCCCAAACAAAAUAGCUUUCUUACUUUCUGUCCUCGUAAAUACUAUGAAAUAAAGCUUGCAAGGAGCAGGGGAAAAAGUGCCUUAUCUACAUGGCCAGGUGUAUAAAUUUUAGCUCUUUAGCUGGAUGCACUUUUCUUUCCUCUCUGAUAAGAUACUGUAAUACAAUACGUUGUCGCUGAAAUUUCUCGCACUUCAGCUUCAGAUCAGCACUUCCAAUUACGGCACUUUUCAAAACAAGGCUGCCUCUUGGGGGAGAAAAUAAUACUUGAUAGUAAUACUUGGUAUAGAUGUCGGAGAUCCGUCUCGCUAAACAGAUCUCGGCACACUGGCAAGUUAAUUACUGCAAUAAAGAGGUGGCAUUUAUGCUGCAGCUACCUUGAUUUUAUUUUGGUUGUGGGCCAGAUUCGGUUUGUUUGCUUAGAAUAAUUUUUUAAAAAUAUUGUAAAUGUGUAGUUUUUGUAAGUUAUGUUGGUUUGAUCCAGGAGCAUCCAAAUUUGGCAAUUUUUAAGACUUGGGGACUUCCAACUUCCCAGAAUGGCUGGCUGGGGAAUUCUGGGAAUUGAAGUCCAAAAGUCUUAAAGUUGCCAAGGUUGGAUGCCCCUGGAAUAUUCAAUGCUUUUUGCCCUUUCAAAGAAAAACCACAUGCUGAAUUGUAUUCUCUCUAUCUUUUCAAUCUGUAGCCCUUCUUUGCUUUCAUCUCAGGGGGAAAAAAAGAACUUUUUGUAUAUGUAAUGUCUCUUAAAAAAUGUCUUCCAAUAGAGCCUUAUUUUUAACUUGA